AUGGCCUCCUCCGGGUUGUCCAGACAGCACUCAACAUCUGACCGAAGGAGAGACCCAAUGGUGCCUUCCCUUCCCAAGGGCAAGAAUGCUGCCGCGACCGCCCCGUUUGAGCCCUGCGCCUCCACCGGAUCCUUAUUCCUCUAUGCACAAGGGUCCAACGUACUAUGCCUCCAUCACGACUCACUUGCGAUCGAGAGACGCUUCCAGAAGCAUACAGACACAAUCCAGCUCAUCGCAGUAGACAAUGUCAGCGAGACUGGGGCUGGGCGACUAGUGGUCACAUAUGAUGCUCGCCAGACGGCCAUAGUUUGGGAUCUAUUUACGGGGGACCAAAUAUCAAGGUUUGCUUCGUAUGAGCCACUGAAGGUUGCCUCAUGGAUGCGUAACGGCAACAUAGCUUUCGGCAACGGCAAGGGUGAGGUCAUCCUCUUCGAACCCUCCACCAGCGAGCACGUUUCGGCAAGGACCAUCUUUGACCCCAUCACGGCCCUUGCGCCCUCAUCAGAUUGUAAGACAUAUGCCAUCGGCUACAACAAUGGCUCCAUUCUCUUGGCAGCGCUUCAGCCGUCGUUUACAAUACUCCACACCCUGACUACACCUCGCGCACCCUCCCCCAUCGCGUCUCUGACUUGGCACGCAUCCUCUUCCAAACAGAAGUCGGACAUGCUAGCGACCCAGACGGCCGACGGGGAUCUUAGAGUAUGGAGUGUCUCCAAGCCACCGACAUCGGAACAGCCUAGGGUCAUCCGCGUUCUCAAGCGGCCAGAUCCGAAUUUCAUCUCUGGCCGGACGUGGAUCGCCUGGUCCAAGAACGGCAGAGUAGUCCAAUAUUCCGAAUCAGAAACCUGGGCGUGGGACGUGCGUACCAAGGAUGUCAAGUAUGAAAUGAUUCCGGUCGUGGACGGUGUGCGGGGAAUUGCAGCAUACGGUCCCAGCGCAUCUCUCUUUACCCUAGGACCGGACUACACCAUACAACAGUACGAUAUCGAACAAGGCCAGAUCGUGCAGAAUAUCCGCAAUAUGCCGACCACGAUUCCACCAACGCCCCCGGAAGAGAAUAAACAACUGGGCUGGACGACGUCAGGCAGUGAAGACGAUGCAUCCCCAGUUGUGCGGCACAAGGUACAGACAGAGCGCAAUCGUCUGGCAAGCCCUCAGUCUAGUGCGGCCGCGGUUUCGUCUUUUAAUCCUAAGCCACCCAAGCACAAUCCUAAGCCGAAAGAUGUCAGUUCGCCUGCCCGACAGAGCGAACUUACGGGCACGACUUUCUCUGCAGGUAGCCAGCCAAUCUAUCUACACGACCAGCUCAAAUCCCCAGCUUCGUCGAAGGCCUACCGAAAAGCCUCUCGGCUACGCCAAGAAGUAAUCAUGAGUCCAGAGGAGCGACCUGUAGACGAUCUCUUCCCAUAUACGCGCUCUCGUCUGAAUGAUGUGCCAUACAAGAAUCCGCGGCAACUCAGUGAUGCCGAGAUGACACCAGAUAACUUGCGGCGGCAGAUGCUUGAGACUGUGUUUGGUUGGAAAGAAGACAUUCGAGAUCUCGUUCGAGAAGAGUUGAGUAUGCACCCACCAGACAGCCAGCAUGCCAUCUUUCUGUCCAUUUGGCUCAACGAAGACGACAGCUACCUUUGUGAAGUCAUGGGUCAGACUAGCGUGCUCUCGACCAUGGAUUGGAUGAUGCUUGCGCUCGGCACGAUGGAUCAUUCGUCUAGCUCGAAGCGAAUCUGUCAGGUCUUCAUUGAAAAGAUGCUCAGCCGUGGUGACAUCCAUGCUGCUGUUGCAACUCUUCUCUGUCUAGGGGAUCGUUCAGACGCGAUUGAGGUCUAUGUGUCACGCAAUCAGUACCUAGAGGCUGUUCUGUUGACCUGCCUCGUCACGCCCAGCGACUGGCAAAGGCAAUGUCAUUUGGUCAGAAGAUGGGGCGAGCAUGUUGUAGAGAACUCUCAACAACAGCUUGCGAUGAGGUGCUUUUCCUGUACAGGCGUCGAGCCUACAGAACCUUGGACAUCGCCCACCGCAGCGCAGCUCUCUGCGCAGCCGAUGCAAAUUAGUCCGCAAGAAAUUCCCAUUCUUGCUGCUCCGAACGAAGGUUCAGGCACGUUCCCUGAAAUCUACCGCAAAACGCUGGAGCGUCGCCGCACCAUGGAUGCACCAACGCCGGUCGCAAUGCCUGCUCCUCCGACACCUUUCCGAACCGCUGCCGCUCAGCAUUCCCGCAUAACGCCGCAAACCUCCGCCUUGAAGCUCAUUACGUCCUUUGGCGUACAAACAAACCCACAGUACAAGUUCCCUGGACUCAAGUCGGAGGACUACACCCCAACUGUUGGCGCCACAGUCACUCCGAUUGCUGAGUCCGCAAUUGAUCGAUCCGCAAUAUCGCCUGGAGGAAGCGGUAGUUAUCGGCAGAAUAACGUUCGAAGUCUCAAUGCCGUCAUGUCAGCACGCACGCCUAGUGCGAUGCACAAGCAUAGACUGCCAUCGAUUGGCGAGACGCCUGUCGAUGUUGAUGGUCCCUCAUUCAAAACGUCUCCUCCUCCCCCCCUGCCACCUAAACGCUUACCCACGCCGGGCGAUUCCCAAUCAGACGUAGAGAGGCGCAGCAGUAGUGCUAAAGAGGCGAGCGAUCAGGAUCAAAAUGCUCCGGAAUUGCAACAGUCUGAUGAGCCAGGCGAUGCAUUGCUCAUGCUUACACCAGCUGUCUACAACCCUCCAAGUUCUUUCAGAGACAAGCAAACACCAAAGACUGCUGUGAGACAACGAGUGCCGCCGGUUGACUUUCCCUCUCAUUCGCAACGUCCAGAGUCACGGACGAGUGAUCUGGAUGAACUUGCCGCUCUUGACCAGAAACCAUGGAUUGGGUCCAAAAGCAAGAAACCUGAUGGCCUCUCCAUUCAGAUGACUCCCAUUGGAGACUACGAGUCAAGCGACCGCUAUUCUGGCACCAGGACAGGAAACACCCAUAGUACCACACAAUUUGACACCAAUAGUGAGGUGACCAGUCCUCCCCGGACGGGUGAGUCAUACGCGAGCCGAACAAAGAGCCCGAGCUUCAGUGGCAGAAAUAUCGACCAGUAUAUCAGCAGCCUGGAGCAAACGCACUAUUAUAACAAUAACGCGCGGUCUCGAGAGACAGCCUCGCAGAAAAUGUCAGAGAAACGAAGCCGCCCACUUCUUCGCCGAGACUCCGACGUGAGGGAUGAUCGAGACCGCACAGUCAACCCUGCUAAGCGCUCACCUUCCUCGCCCGUCCCCAUGUCACCGGAGGAUCUCCGCAUGUACACUGACAGCGUCGACAGCAUGCAGACUUUUGCUUCAACCAUAUCAGCCGAAAGAGGAGGCACUCCUGCAAGCCGCUCACGCCUAGGCAAACACCGAGCACAUCCGAGCAAAGAAGAGGCUCCAAGGCAACGGUCUCGCUCCGCCCAAGCCGGAAGCCGAACGCGGCAUGGUGCGAAAGGAGACCGCCGCGGCGAGAGCCCUGAGCGCAGAAGUCGUAGCAAGUCUCGCAAGGAGGCGAGCGGCCGACGUUCUCCCUCGUCACCUCUGCCCAUGGUACCCUCGGAGGAAGAUCGAAAUCAACUUUCUGAUCCUUCCCUUCGCCUUGUUUCGGCUGAUCGUCAACACCGCUCUCGCGAACCUAGCUCCCAUCGGGAUCGCUCCAACGAGCGCCGUAAGCCCCGACACCGGUCCAGGAGUCGGCAGACCGAGGAAGGGGAAGGACCUCUUUCACGGAAGAGUAGCAUCAGCACCAAGAGUGGGAAAAAUCGCCGUCACCGUGAUGAUUCGGCCGCGCGAUCUGAGGGACGACGUCAAGCCAAUGGACUCGGCUAUGAUUCACUCACAGGCGAUAGCUCCUCGGCGCUACCCCUCGAUCCUGAAAUUAGGUCGAGAAGCAAUCCUCAACCUCGAGCGGAUGGUAGAGCCAAGGAUUUGUCGAAAGGGAUAGCUGCCGCUGAGCUGGAAGCUCGACGUUUGUCUUUGGCUCGACGUCCUUCGGCGCCCAAUAUCCCGCUUCCCGGCCAGGCUGCACAUGGCAAGUCGGCAUCCGAAAGCCAUGCACCUCCUCUGUAUCGUGCAAAUACCGACGAGCCGGGGACGAGAUAUGGUGAACCACGACUGCGGCGGCCGUCUACCCCAAGGGCGAUGCAGGUGACUCCAGGAUCUCUGAAUGAACACCAAUCGGAUUUGGACCUACUUCCCAGGAGGACUUUCACGCCCAAGCUUGAGCCUUCAGAGAGUCCUCGUCUUAACAGCAGUCAGACGAGCAAACCCCAUUCUCGUAACGCUUCUCGUGGCCUUGUGGUGGAGGAUUAUCGCACAGCAGCAGAAAUUGAGGCGGCGCUUGCGCAGUUGCCUCGUCAUCCCGCUUAUGACCAUCAACUAUCCAGGUCCCGAGACACGUCACGUAACCGCGAUGAACGCAGUCGAGGUGCCUCGAGAGAUCGAUUGCGUGUCUCGCCCCGAAUGGAAGAGGUUGGGAAUCUGAUCAUUGCACCAGAGCAACAAGGAGCGCCUCAGCCGCCCAUACUACCAGAACUGCAGCACUUGGUGUCACCUCCACCACCUCCGCCACCACCGGCUCCACCCAAGACACGUCCGAGCUUGUCUGUGCGGACAGACUCGGCAAAUGCGUCACGGAUUCCUCUCCCGCCGUCUGCAAACCCUGUGGACGACAGCGGACCAUCCAGCGCGCAUCCUGGACUGGGUCACCGACGAGGGAGAAGUGCCAAUGGUGGUAGUGAGAAUCAAUUCAUGGGCAAGAUCAAAAAUUUUGCGGGUAAGAUGAGAAGCGCGAGCCAGAACAGGGACAAUGCCGUGCGCAGCCCGCCACAACCCCCCAAUGGCGAAGGCUUCCAGGUCCAAUCACCGUAUGAGACUAACACCGCUUUCCCACACCAAUCUAUGCAGGUGUGA